AUGGCGAAUUCUUUUGUGAAACAAGUCAAUGCCAAAUAUUGUAAUGAGUUGGACUUCAGUGAUCAGCGUGAUUUUGAAGACUCAAUGAGAGGGUUUAUCUGUUCUAUUGACGGAGGAGUCAUACCAAAAAACCAAGGUGGUAAAGCGUUUGAUUUUCACGAAACCGACUUUAUCUCAGGACCAUGCCCUGACACAGUCAACCCUUCUUUGUGGAGACAAAGCCAGUUGGUAAGGAUAGCUGGACUUUUUGAAUUGAUACCUGGACAAUUGUAUCAGUUUAGAGGUUUUGAUGUUGCGAAUAUGUCUUUUAUACGAGGUGAAAAUGGGUGGCUGAUCAUUGACACAUUGUGCUGCAUGGAGGCUGCAGCUGCUGGACUUAAACUUCUCAGAGAGAAAGUAGCUAAUCUACCAGUUACUUGUAUCAUGCUGACACAUUCGCAUGGAGAUCACAUCAGAGGACUUGAAGGUGUUUUGGAAAAAAAGACAACAAUGGUAAUUCCAAAAGAUAUGUUUAAGAUGCAUUUUACAGAAGAACUUCUUGCCGGGACUGCUAUGGGAAGACGAAGCUUUUUCCAAUUUGGAACCGAGUUGGAACAUAACUCAAAGGGCGUGUUGGGUUGUGGUGUGGGUACAUAUUUUUCAAUGGGGCAAUCAACAUCUUCUUAUGAUUUUGACCCUAAUAACCUUUACGAAAUUGGAGAGGAUAAGACAUUGACAAUUGAUGGUGUUGAAAUCGACUUUAUGUACACUCCCAAUUCAGAGGCUCCGACAGAAAUGAUGAUGUACUUCCCCAAAUUAAAAGCAAUUUGUACAGCAGAAGAAAUCAAUAGAUCAAUUCAUAAUUUGUAUACACUAAGAGGUGCUGUGGUGAGAAAUGGAAAAGAUUGGUCUAAGUACAUAGAUAAUUUAGUGGCGAGAUACUCAGAAAGGGUUGAAUGUUCGUUUGGAUCACAUACAUGGCCAACUUGGGGAAACAAGAAUAUUGUUGAAUACUAUGAAAAGCAGAGAGACAUGUACAAAUUUAUACACGAUCAAACUUUGAGACAGGCUAAUUUGGGAACAACAAUAAAUGAACUCACCGAGAAAGUAAAACUACCAAAAAGUCUUACAUCGGUGUAUUACAACAGAGAAUAUUACGGCACUGUUUCUCAUAACACUAGAGCUCAAUACCAAAUGUAUCUUGGUUUUUAUGAUGGUAAUCCAGCAAAUUUAAAUCCACUCACACCUGUUAAAUUGGGGACAAAAUACGUGGAAGCAAUUGGAGGAGAAGAGAUGUGCAUUUCAAUUGCAAAAGAGUCAUUUGAGAAAGGAGAAUACCAAUGGGCAAUUACAAUGCUUAACAAUGUAGUGUUCAAAAAUCCUCAAAACUCGGAAGCAAGAAAUUUACUUGCAGAAAUUUAUAGGCAAAACGGCUACAUGCAAGAGAGUGCGGUAUGGAGAAAUAUAUAUUUGACAGGUGCUUUCGAACUUGAACACCCAAUACAAAAACAAGAAAGGACCACAAAUGAUGUGACCAGUACUUAUUUACUCAUGAAAUUGUCUUUUAAUUAUUUGUUUGAUUUAAUGGCAGUUUCGAUGGACCCAAGCAUCGUGGAAAAAGUGGAUGCAGUUAUCAACGUUGUUUUUAAAGACACAAAAGAAAGCGGCAGUUUAAUACUGAAAAACUCGGUUUUAAACAAUAGAGUUCAUACAGACAAACAUCCAACAACUUCUGUCACUUGCAAAAAAGACAACCUUGUCGGCCUUAUUGUGAAAAAAAUUGAUAAACACGAAUUUUUAAAGCUUGACACAGUUGAAGUCGAAGGUUGUGCAGAAGAUUUAUUUACACUUUUUGAGGCAAUUACAAUUGCUAAUCCCGACUUUAACAUUAUUGAACCUUAA